CCUACACCCACAGACACAAUGGUCUACGCCUUCACCCUCCCAACAACCUCGCACCUCUCCUUCCAAACCCACCUCACCUCCACCACGCACCCCUCCCUCCCGCAAGCCGCCUCAACCGCCCGCCACGCCCUCCGCACCGCCCUAAAGACACACAAACGCCUACCCCGCGGCCCGCAACAAGACGCCCACCUCUCCACCCUCCUCACCACGCUCACCGACUACCUCCCCUACCUAACCGCCAUCACCAACAGCCUAACCAGCACGCGCCUCCCGGAGACGCCCUCCGAAGAGAUCGAAAUCGCCCUACACAGCGAACCCGAACCAUCAUGGCGCCCGACGCUCACCUCCUCCUCGCUCUCCCUCAAACAGCCGCGACCCAAAGGCCUGGGCCUUGAAUACGAGCUCGCCUUCGUGCUGACGACAUACGGCUACGUGCUCAGCAAACUAGCCCACAGCACCGUCACCCGCACCCUGUAUGCCACGACCACCCCGACCCCCGAAGCGCGCACCGCAGCCAUCACAUCCGCCACAAAGCACCUGCUGCAAGCCAGCGCAGUCCACUCCCUCCUCGCCACAUCCCCGGUCUUCGCCCACGUCUCGCGCUCCGUGUCCGCCACCCCGGGCAAAGUGCCCGACCUCGACCCCGCCGCGCAGGCCGCACUGGCGUCCCUCGCGCUCGCCGAAGCAACCCUCCUCGCCGUGCUCAAGGACGACUCCUACGUUUCGGCCUGCAUCCAGGCCCGCAACCCCAAUGACAAGGAGUGGAUGGUCCGCGCGCCGGAGAUCCCCAAGGUGCGCGCGCAUCUGUUUGCCAGACUGUGUAUUCGUGCGGCCGAGUACGCGGAGCAGGCGGCUGCGGGGCUGGGGGCUGUGGGUGCGCAGGGACGUGCCGGUAUUGAGGAGGAUUUGAUCAAGUAUGCGCGUGUGCUGGGGAGGGUUGCGCGGGCGCGGGCGUGUCGGUUUUUCGGGGUUGAUGCGGAGCUGGCGGGGAAGAUUGGGGAGGGGAUUGCGUGGCUGCGGGCUGCGAAGACGGCGCUGGGGGUCCGGGGGGAGAAGCAGGAGAAUGAAGUGAAGAGUAGAGGGUUUUCGAGGCUGAAGCAGGGGUGGAUGGAACGGAGGGAGGAGCGGAAGAUGGAGAAGGAUGCGGGCAGGAUGGAGAAGGGCGAGUUGGGGCCGGGGGAUAAUGCGGGGCGGGAGGAGGAAGGGCGGGUUAUUGAGAUGUUGGAGACGAAGUGGGUGAGGAUGAAUGAUACGAUCAAUACGCAGCUGAUUCCGCCGUCCGCGGAUCUCGUGGCGAACUUGCCGUCUGGUCGAGAUAUCCAUUCUGCUCCCGGGGCUUAUCGGCUCCAGGCGUUGGACGAGGAGGAAUUGGUGCGGAUGCGUGCACCGCCCAUGGAGGACGAGUUUGGACCUGGCAGUGAUGUAGAUGAUAGUGAGGAGGAAUCUGGUCUGGCAAGAGAUACGCCGAGCACGGUUCCUGAACGGACUGACAGUGCUUAUUACUGAUACCCUGCGACUGUUCUAUGGGCAGAGAACAUGAUGUAUAGGUGUGUACAUGAGUACAUAGUCGAGCUUGUAUAGUCAAAGCAACCGCUCUAUCAUCCAUCUCAUAAAUCCAUAACCCAACAUAACCUCCAACAUAACGUCCCUCACCCCAGAAACCCCCAAACUCAACUCAACUCA